AACUACUAGGGACUUGCUACGUCACAACUCAUUGAAAGUAUAAAGAUCGGUAGACACGAUACAGGACGGAGCAAGGUCGCAGGCAUCUAAGACGCAAGGCUAAUGCGCUCUAUAGCCUAGUUCAACUGCACCCUAGCAAGGAACCAUAACUUCACCACCGCUACAAAUCAGCUAGCCCACUACAAACAUACCAAGUGAAAUAUGGGAAUAACCAUAGUGAUAUUAGCUUUUCUGCUGAGCGGUUGCAACGUAGCUGAAUCUGUUGGAACGCACCGACGUCAAGAGAGGGGUACUGACAGUGGAGCCUGUGAUUUACGCUGUAAAGGUGGCAGUAGACUCGAUCUUAUAACCUGCUCCUGUAAGUGCAAGAAAGUCGGAUUGGAGUACAGUCGUGUAAAACGCAAGUGUGUCGAUAUCGAUGAAUGCGCGACCGACUUUGGCAAGCGUUGUCAAGGCAACUGUACUAACAGCUAUCGAAGUUUCCGAUGCAUUUGCCCACCUGGUCAGAUACUUCAUCUAAACGGAUGGCAGUGCAAUAAAGUUCCUAUUGUAUUACCAUGUAGAGGGCAGAUCUGUCUGGACGAUGCAACCCUCAACUCGAGUACUUGUAGAUGUGAUUGUCCUAGAGAAGGAUAUCGGUACAACCUCAUUUCCCGAGCAUGCGAAGAUAUUGACGAGUGUGAUCGGAACAUUGAUUCGUGUCAACAGGGAUGUGUCAAUUACCCAGGAUCCUAUCUGUGUUUUUGUAAAUCUGGAUAUCAAUUGGUUGCAAAUAACAAUACAUGUUCGUCCAUCCCAGACACUGAUCUAAGUAAGAUAGACUGCCGGGACAACGAGUUCCAAUGUGCCGCUGGUGAUUAUUGUCUGGAUCGGCGGUUCAUAUGUGAUGGAAAUCAAGAUUGCUCUGACAGCACUGAUGAAGAAAAUUGUCAGUACUGCUACGACUCUCAUGCAGACUGCGCUGGGUGGGCUGAACGUGAUGAGUGCAGCCUCAAUAGUGUAUGGAUGGGUACUAACUGCCCAAUGUCAUGUAAACAUUGUUUUAGAGACGAUGGGAUACCUGGUGGUCGAGUUACAGAAAACAACAAACCAAUUUUACAUUUUCUACGAAAUUCCGAUGAUUAUGCUGUCUCGAUGCAGUAUGUGCAACGAAACACUGGUAUACGUCCCGGUAGCAUCUCGGACAAAUGGCAGUGCAGUGAGAUCAUUGGAGUUCCAGUAAAUGUUCGUAAGACCUUCGGUCUAAGUUACUUCUACAGAAAAUACCUCCAUGCUUAUAACAUUCCAAUCGUCGGGUCUCACCGAGUGUCCGAUGCCGCGCUAAGAAGAGCCUGCUACACUGUUCGAUUCCUUUUAGCCGACAGGAGAGAUCUAAGACACGCUAUGUAUAUAAAAUACGUUCGAGUGGCAGUGAUGGCCCAAGGAGAGACUACUCGAAACAUUCCGGAACACUCGCACCUCCCAGAAGUCUUUAACACAGAUGUACGUGGGCUGCCUGGAACACUUCAUAUGCCAAUCGUUACUGGUGCUGAAGAGAACAUUUUAUGUUUUAAAAAUGAUUCUAAAAAAGGAGAAGACUUGUUUGUCCAUAACUUAGCACAUACUAUUCAUAAAAUUGCUCUCGUUACAAAAAUAACAGACUUUCAGAAAAGACUCCGUCUGGCGUACUGGAAUGCCAGAAGAACAGGAUUAUGGGUAAAUACGCUGGCAGACGAUACAAGUGAAGAGUAUUUCGCGGAGGGUGUGCAGAGUUUUUUUUAUGUACAGUCCAAGCGGAUGCCUGGGAGUCAUAACGAGAUCAACACCCGCUUGAAGUUGGAGCGCUACGAUCCUGCUCUCUAUAGCCUUAUGGUGGAGGUGUUUCCUUGUGCCAAUCGUAUGGCCGAUAGAUGCAAUACAAAGGGAACGAUUGAGAACACUCCGAUGCUGAUGAAUUGUGACGGUAGCAAUAGUUAUAUAUACAAUACGAUUGAAGAGGAAGAGAUGGAGUCAGACGAAGAUAUUAUCGAUGAAGAAUGUGUUGACGAACAUGAAGCCUGUCAAGACUGGGCGAAUUUAGGAGAGUGCCUUAUCAACCCAGAGUGGAUGGAUAUGUUCUGCAAGAAGACGUGUGGGACUUGCUAUGCUACAACAAUUUCCCCAUCCACCACUGAAACAGCAGACCCAUAUGCUACGGAAAGUCCAAAAGAUGGAUGUCGGGAUUUGAAUGAUUACUGUCCAGAUUGGGCAGAAUCAAACCAAUGCUCCGAAAACUCAGAAUGGAUGAAGAGAAAUUGUCCUUUUAGUUGCAACACCUGUGAAGGAGCAUGUGGAGAUGACAAUUCUAACUGUCCUGACUGGGCAUUCCGUGGUGAGUGCCAGAAGAAUCCACACUACAUGUACAACAACUGUAGAAAAAGCUGCAAUGUUUGUUAAACCAAUCAAUUACCACUUUCUUGGACGCUUCAAUGAACGUGAUGUGUUUUGUAACGCACGUAUAAACACAUUGAAGUUUCGAAGGAUAGCCACAUACUAGAUGUGAUCUACCAGGUUAUUUUAUCUGGAGAUACAAGAGAAAAGUGUCGUGAUUUAUUUUACUGGGCACGGUACUGCUACCAACGGUUGCUGUGUUGUAUUCCCGCGUCCCUUUAGUUUUUCAUUGUCGUUAAUAA